CGCAGCGGGUGGGGUGUGUUACCCAGCAGCACGCGCGCGCGCCGCUCGGGCCUCUCCACGCUGUGUGGUGGCCGCCGUCCGGCCUCGGAGCGGAGAUCCCGGCUGUGUGCGGUGUUAGUGAGGUCGGCCAGGCUCCCUGAAGAUGGAGGGCCCUCUGUCCGUGUUCGGGGACCGCAGCACUGGGGAAGCGAUCCGCUCCCAGAACGUUAUGGCUGCAGCUUCUAUUGCCAACAUUGUUAAAAGUUCUCUUGGGCCAGUUGGUUUGGAUAAAAUGUUGGUGGAUGAUAUUGGUGAUGUGACCAUUACUAAUGAUGGGGCCACCAUCCUGAAGUUACUGGAGGUAGAGCAUCCUGCGGCUAAAGUUCUUUGUGAGCUGGCUGACCUGCAGGACAAAGAAGUUGGAGAUGGAACUACCUCAGUGGUAAUUAUUGCAGCAGAACUUCUGAAAAAUGCAGAUGAACUAGUCAAGCAGAAAAUCCACCCAACAUCAGUUAUUAGUGGCUAUCGGCUUGCCUGCAAGGAAGCAGUGCGCUAUAUCAGUGAGAACCUAAUUAUUAACACAGAUGAACUUGGAAGAGACUGCCUGAUCAAUGCUGCUAAGACAUCCAUGUCUUCCAAAAUUAUUGGAAUAAAUGGUGAUUUCUUCGCCAAUAUGGUGGUGGAUGCUGUACUUGCUGUCAAAUACACAGAUACGAGAGGCCAGCCUCGCUAUCCAGUCAAUUCUGUUAACAUUCUGAAAGCCCAUGGGAGAAGUCAGGUAGAGAGCAUGCUGAUCAACGGCUAUGCACUCAACUGUGUGGUGGGAUCGCAGGGCAUGCCCAAGAGAAUAGUUAAUGCAAAAAUUGCUUGUCUUGACUUCAGCCUGCAGAAAACAAAAAUGAAGCUCGGUGUGCAGGUGGUUAUUACAGACCCGGAGAAAUUGGACCAGAUUAGACAGAGAGAAUCAGAUAUCACCAAGGAGAGAAUUCAAAAGAUCCUGGCGACUGGGGCCAACGUCAUUCUCACCACUGGGGGGAUAGAUGAUAUGUGUCUGAAGUAUUUUGUGGAGGCUGGUGCCAUGGCUGUGAGAAGAGUUUUGAAAAGGGACCUCAAGCGCAUUGCUAAAGCUUCUGGAGCAACUAUCCUGUCCACACUGGCCAAUCUGGAAGGCGAAGAGACUUUUGAGGCUACGAUGUUGGGACAAGCAGAGGAGGUAGUCCAGGAGAGAAUCUGUGAUGAUGAGCUGAUCUUAAUCAAAAAUACCAAGGCUCGUACAUCUGCAUCAAUUAUCUUACGAGGAGCAAAUGAUUUCAUGUGUGAUGAAAUGGAGCGAUCUUUACACGAUGCUCUUUGUGUGGUGAAGAGAGUUUUGGAGUCAAAAUCUGUGGUCCCAGGUGGAGGUGCUGUAGAAGCUGCCCUGUCCAUCUAUCUUGAAAACUAUGCAACCAGUAUGGGAUCUCGGGAACAGCUUGCUAUUGCAGAGUUUGCAAGAUCACUUCUUGUUAUUCCUAAUACACUGGCAGUGAAUGCUGCCCAAGACUCCACUGACCUGGUUGCCAAGCUAAGAGCUUUUCACAAUGAGGCUCAAGUUAACCCAGAACGUAAAAAUCUAAAGUGGAUUGGCCUUGAUUUAAUCAAUGGGAAACCACGAGACAACAAGCAAGCGGGGGUUUUUGAACCAACCAUAGUUAAAGUGAAGAGCCUGAAGUUUGCAACAGAAGCUGCGAUCACCAUUCUUCGAAUCGAUGAUCUGAUAAAAUUGCACCCAGAAAGCAAAGACGAUAAACAUGGAAGUUAUGAAAACGCCGUUCAUUCUGGAGCCCUUGAUGGCUGAUUGAUUGGAUUUCCCUUUUAUUUAUAGCAGUGUCAGACGCAAUGUCUUAGCCUUGGGUGUCUCAUUAAAGUACAGCAAGCUGA